GUCCCUCUUUCUUCUCUGUUCUCAGAGUGGGUGUGUUGCUGCUGCCUUCAGGUUGUUUCUUUGCCCUCAACAGGGACCUGGAGAGACCGAUCCAUGUGGGAAUUGUUGUUCUGUUUUUCUGUUUUUCUGCACGCUGAGGACUUUUCCUAUUUCAUACAGAUCCAACUGAAAGGACUAAACUAGAACAUUUCCUUGUCCGACCCCUGUCAUCUCUAUGAGCUGCUGUCAAACCAAGUGAGUUUGUUUUUAAUUGGAUCCAAGAAUUCCACACCAAAAGAAUCAUACUUUUUUUAAACAAGAAUAAACUCUCAAAAUAACAGCAGAACAGAAAGAAGACAGACCGGUCUGCUGGCAUCCAGACUGUCUCACAGGUGAUUCAGGAGAAGACCUGGGAGAAUCAGAUUAUCAAGCCCACUGCAGCCCCCCGCAGGAGCACCUGCAUCAGCAAAAGCUGCACACAGACAGACAGGAAAGAGACUGUUUCAUGCUGUGGAGAAACUGCACCACCACCCAAGAAGUCCUGUUGGUAAAAAGCCUCAAAAGCCCUCGAGGCCAUUGUUGGCAAAAACAGCAGAAAGAAAACCUGCAUCUGAAAGACGCGUAAAGAUUCGAACAAAAACAUCGUUUACGGUCACCGAGGUCCGAAGCGACUCUAAAUGUGACACAAAAAAAAACUUGAAAAGGCAGAUUCCUCGCACACAUCCACUAGAUCUGUCACUGUUCACUGGAAUAUUCCCACAAAUCUGUUCUUUCGCCUUUAGCCCCACACCUCGUCAAACUCAGAAAACAGGCAACCACCCAUUCCACGUCCUCGUACAAAACUGCGCAAGUUUGCAAAAGAAGAGCAGCUCAAAGUUCAGGUCGAACUUGAUGAAAACUGUAAAAAACAUCCCUUUAAUUCACAACAAGUUUCCACUAAUAGGCUCUUGAAGGAAUUCCUGGAGGUCUUGAGCGAUAGUAACAAGUGUGAGGGAAGCACUUGCACUGUUGGACAACCAGACGAGAUUUCUCAAGACGAAGAUGCAGUGGGAGAGAUGAACCCCAAUAACGGUCAACAGAACUUCCGUGCCAGGAUCCAGGCUUUCGAGAGCCAGGCUGGUGCCGAAGGGGGAAAUGAGUCCCAACCACCCCAAAUCAGUCUUCCGCCCAGGAGGGCCUCCUACAAACCUCCAGUUGCUACUAAACCUUCUGUAGCUUUUAAACCUCCAAGUGUAGAUGACUUCUGUUUAAAUACACCAGCUGCACAAAACAACCAAAACCCUUUCACAAGCCCCAGACCUCAGCCUGCUGCAAAACCAGGGGGCCAGUCCAUAAGAGAUGAGCUGGAGGCUUUGCACAGCAAAGGGAACACACCUCACAGAUCAUUUCCUCCUGUGCUGACCAGAUCGGAGAGCAUCGACGAAGACGUGUCGCCGUUUCCACCCAUGCCUUCAGCGAUGUCUUUCAGAGAACCACUGAGACCCAACCUGAAUAUAAACAACCAUAACUCAGCCUCCAGGUUCACAGACAAUGAGCGUGUGGACAGCCUGAUCAAUAACACCCCAGUCAAACCUCAGUACAACAUGGAUAGGAGUGGAAGCUUCAGCAACAAGCCAACUGCAGUAAGAAAACCAACAAUUAUCAAGGUUCCCAGCAAGACAGGUCUAAUGGAAAACUAUCAGGACAGUGCUCCUACCCUUCCAGCUCGGAACCUUAUUGGAGGUGUAAACAACCCGGGAGGCAACAGACCAGGCAUCACACAAUCACUGUACCUUCAGAAUUCUUAUAGUAUUGGACCCCAGCUGUCCCUCCCACCUCGAAAUCCCAGCAUGACCAAAUCACUCCCACCUCGUCCUCCUCCGGCCAAAACGGGCCCAGGAAGAUCUCUUCCACCGAACCUUCCGACGGUGGGCCGAUCCCAAUCAGUACAGCCGCAACCUACGACUAAAAACCUGUCGCAAAAGCCCCUUAAGAAGGGACUCCUCGUACCUCCAAGACCCUGUCCAGGACACCGUCUUUACAACAAAUACACUCUUCCACUUCCUCACGGGAUUGCAACGUUUGACUUUGAUGGGAGUGAUUCCGGGGAGUUGUCAUUGCAGAAAAAUGAAGUUAUUCUGCUACUGGAAGAGGUCAACGGCAAUGAGUUUGAGUGCCAAGUUGGCGACGUCAGGGGGAGAGUACGCAAGACUCUGAUGAAUGUCAUAACUCCUCUUGAGUCAGACUGGUCCUCCCCGCCGGAUGCCGGUGCCUCUGGUGGAGACAGUUGUGGAUUAAAAGUUCAAGCUUUGUAUGACUAUUUUCCAGGGAAUUUAGACGAUCUGGAUCUUCGAGAAGGAGAUAUAGUGACAGAUGUGGAGAAGAUGGAUGACCAGUGGUACAGAGGGACCUUGAAUGGAUCCAUUGGUUACUUUCCUAUCAAUUAUGUCCAAGUCUUGUCAAACCCACCAAAAUCUCUCCCUGACAAGAAACCGAAGCCCAAACCUGCAGCCAUCAGUGGUCCGAGGUGCGAGGCGAGGUUUGACUUUGAGGGGGAACACAGUGAUGAGCUGUCGUUCUCCGAGGGAGACGUUAUCCAGCUGAAGGAGUACGUGGGGCAGGACUGGGCUCGGGGACAGGUGGGCAUCUCCAUCGGCAUCUUCCCCCUUAACUUUGUGGACAUCAUAGAAGAUCUGCCUCCGCCUCCCAGUGUGCAGCAGUCCGGCAGGGUUGCACUGCCUGGCAUGGCUGCUUCUGAGGCUGCUACACCUGCUCAGGUGCACAAGUCCAGCGUGGAGUGGGCGGUGGCUCUGUACGAUUACGCUGCCAAGUCAAACGAUGAACUUUCCUUUCAGCAAGGUGACAGAAUCCUGGUCACAAAGCAUUUAAACAAGGAGUGGAGCUUUGGUAGGCUCAACAGCAGAGAGGGCAUGUUCCCUAGGGCUUUCAUCGAGACAAACACAGAAGGACAGAUGACCAAUAACCAGAGAAAUGGAGCUGCUGGUGGACGAGCCAAGGCUCUGUAUAACUUUGACUCAAAGUUUGAUGAGGAGCUCUCAUUUCAGGUUGGAGAAAUUAUAACUAAUCUGGAGUCUAUAGAUGAUGAAUGGUUUCUGGGGGAGUUGAAGGGAAACCGGGCCCUGGUUCCUAAAAACUAUGUGCAAGUACUGGAUUAAGGUUAUGAGGUGCAGAGCUGCUGCUCUGGGUGAAACAAAGCCAUUUAGAACAAGUUAAAUUUGAAAAUGUUUAAGCAGCCAUGUUGGACACUUUUAAAGUACAGUAUUUUUAUUCAGUGGUAACUUUCUAUUGCUUUUAAAUUGGACGGUUAUAAAAAAAAUAAACUAGUUUGACAAUAUUGGUUUUCUUGUGGAUUCAGCUGGGCAUUCACGUCACCUGUUUCUUAUUCUUGCAUGUGGGUUGUGUAUACAGUAGUGUAAUGCAUGGAGGUUAGCCACAUUUUACUCAAAAUGGCCAUUUGACAUUAAAACAGCAAGGGACAUUACUUCUGAAAUUGUUUAUCAAAUGAUAUGGUCUGCAAGAUGUUUAAGCUUCAAUAACCUGCAUGUACAUUAUGGUGAAAAGUAAAGGUUUCUUACAGAAUUGUUUUGCACAAUGUAUGAAUUUUAAAAUCUCAUCACAGGUUCAUUUUUCAUAGCUGUCAUUGGCAGAAAUGCAAACCAUUCUCCCAAAUCACACCCACCCAUGUUAUGAGCUCUCAAAAACUAUUAAAAUGAAGGAAAACGUCAUGGUGAUUGUCAAUAAACUAUUAAAAUGAAGGAAAAAGUCA